AUGAAGACUCAAAAACAACCACUGUACAAGGCUGAAGUUUUCAAGACUGCCCAGGAUGAUGGUCCUGUGAAGCCACAUCCAGACCAGGCGGCGGUUGACAAGGCGCGAAAAUGCCUAGAGCGUGGCCAACAUCCCAAUGCAUCGGAGUUCGAGGCCAAAACAGCUCUCACGAUUGCUGCUGAGAUCAUGGAACGCGCCGGAAUCUCACACGCCCAGAUCUUGGUUGGAGCCCCACGUGAAGAGCAGCAAGAGUCGGCUGGACAUGCGAUCGUGCGGAUACUGCGCAACGAUGGCAAAGAGAAUGGCGAAGUCAACCAGAAUGUGUUUGUGGGCACGCUUUGCAGGGCGAUGACGACCUUCUUUGACUGCAAGUACUACACAGCCACAUACAAACCACGCACGAAGUUGGAAAUCGUCUUCUACGGUGUUGCUAGCAACGUGGACCUGGCAGCAGAUGCUUUCGCGAGAAUCUACAACCUCUCUCUCGCUUGGGCUCUCAACCCUGAGUUCAAAGGCCUUCGUGGUCGGAACAGCUACUGCCUUGGCAUAGCCCAGGAGCUCAAAGAUAAGGCACAGAAAGAGAAGGACGCCGAAGAAGCUAGAGCCAUUGAAGCUGAAGCUCGUACUGCAGCUGAGCGUGAGCAACAGGAGCAACAAGAGGCAGUUGACGAACAAGCUCGCGUGGAUCGUCUCAAUGCAUCUCACUGGGCUUCGCCAGAAGAAGAGAGAAACGCGCUUCUGCGACAAGCGUUUGAGCGUGUCGGCGUCAAUCUCUUCGGCGAGCGUAUGCCUGACCGUACGGCUAAUCGCUCCCGUCUCCUCAAUGCUAUCAGCAAUCGGGUGCUCGACUUGCGCUCUGAUCAGAUACUCAGCGCUAAUGGGAAGCACAAACCGGACCUCAGUCUGUACUCUGAUCUCCAGGAACCCGAGGCGAGCAGAAUGCUCAAUCGUCUCAUGGAACAGGGCCAUGUGGUGCACACCGACGACAUGACAGUCGUCAUCAGUAAUGAGAUGAAUCGACACCUGGGUUUAGCCAGCAGCGAAGACUGUGGCGACUAUCUCGACGAUGACGACCUCAGCGACGACGAUGAGGAAUAUGGGGCAGCUGUGAGCGGAGAGGACGACGACGAUUUUGAGGAAGCAGACGUCGAAAUCGAAGAGCGCGGCACUAAGUUUCCACUGGACCUGAGCAGCGCCAGCCUGCAGCCUCCACUUCCUAUUACCACCGCUAAGUCUACACCUCCAGUCAAGUCAGUGGACGCCAUCUUGGCGGCCCCCAUUGAGAAACCACAGCAAUUGGAGUAUGAGUCACACAUGCAACUCGUCCUCAAGCGCGAGACUUUCUCUCAGAUUGCCGACGACUGUCUCAAGGAGAUGAACAUCAAGCUUCGUGCUGGUAGGAAGCGUAAGAUCAAGCAUCUCGACAUGAGCGCUUACGAUCAAGGACGAAUUGAUGGGAAGAAGAUUGAUGUUAGGCAGCAGGAGCGCAUCAAGCGACAUGGCGAAAAGUUUGGGAUUUUGCUGCUGCGUUCCGCGGGCUUUGAGAUCGACUGGCGACAAUAUUGGGCAGCAGAAGCGCAUCAAGCGACAUGGCGAAAAGUUUGGGAUUUUUGUGCUGCGUUCCGCGAGCUUGGAGAUCGACUAGCGACAGAACCACGUACCGAAGACUGUGGCUAUACUCAUAAUCUCUACACGAAGACUCUGUGA